AUGGAGCAGUCGUCAGUUCGACGGCGGAGGAGAAGUAAUGAAGAGCUCCUGAAGGAAGAAGAUCUAGUGGAGUCCUGGAUGGGAGGUGGCCAUGAAAAAGAGCUUAAAGGUCACCGCCCACCAGAUGAAGACGCCGGAAGACCGGGGGAGGCGGUGGCCAUGAAAAAGAGCUUAAAAGCUGCCUCCUCUCAGUGUGUGAUGUCAAUAUAUAUUGCAGCAGAAGCCCUACCUCCCCAACCCACGCCAGCACUCCCACCCCAACCGCAAGCCCCACAACCACAGCCGGCUCCUCAUCAACCAAGGCAACGGAGGCGUGCUAGGCCACCAAUUUUCCGAACCCGUGUCCUACUUUUUGGGAUGCCAGAUGAUGUGGUGGUGCGUAGAUACCGGCUGCCACCACAUCUAAUCCUAGACACUCUCUCCAUAAUAGAGAGUGAUCUGGAGUCUGAAAUUCGGUAUCCUACAGCAAUACCACCAUUGACACAAUUCCUUGCAGUGUUACAUUUUUUGGCUACAGCCUCAUAUCAGCAUGUUGUGGGAGACCUGGUUGGCAUGUCGCAGGGCCAGUUCAGUAAGGUCCUGCGGCGUGUCUGCCAGGCUUUCCUAAAGCGGGUGAAGCAGUUCAUUGAUAUGCCUUUGGAUGUUGGUGCCCUAGAUGUGGUGAAGCGGCAAUUUGCGGAAGGUGGUAGUCGCUUCCCACAUGUUAUUGGGGUUGUGGAUGGCACACAUGUUGCUAUUCAGCCACCAAGACAUAAUGAAGAAAUUUUUAGAAACAGGAAACUGUUUCAUUCUCUGAAUGUAAUGGUUGUUUGUGGGCCAUCCCUACAGAUCCUUUCCCUGAAUGCAAAGUUUACUGGAAGUUCCCAUGAUGCAUAUGUCAUUAGACAAUCAGGGAUAUGGCAGAGAUUAAGAUCAAGUCAACGAGCAGACAUGUGGUUAUUGGGAGACCGUGGAUAUCCUUGCACCCCCUGGCUCAUGACUCCUUACCGUAAUCCCAGGCCAGGACCACAGAUGGCAUUUAACUCCGCGCUUACUGCCACUAGGCAGCUGGUGGAGCGCACAAUUGGUGUCCUUAAAGGGCGGUUUCAUGUGCUCCACCGCACUGGUGGCGACAUCAUGUAUUCGCCGGAGAUGGCAAGUAAAAUAGUGGUCCUGUGCGCAAUACUACAUAAUAUCGCGGUAAGGAGUAGUGUAGAGCUUCCUCAGGCAGAGGAAUUGCCUGAUGAGGAGCCAGGGGUUGGUCCACGCUUCGGUGGGGGGAGUGUGACACGGAGGGGGAGCCAAGUGAGGGCAAGAAUUGUUGCAGAAUAUUUCAGGUAUAGUGUUUUUAUAUUUUAUAUUUGCAGAAAUAAUACAACACAGUAUGCUUAUGUUUUUUAAACCAUGAUUGCAUUUUGUAUGAUCUUGUAAAGUGAUUGGGUAAGGCUUUUGUUGUGUUGGAAUGGGUAAUUGUUUUUUUUAACAAAAACCAAAAACACGUUAAGCUUACAAUGUUUAUUUAGAAAUUUAA